ACUAAACAACGUUUAAGGAGACAGCAUUAGAUAUACACCAAUGCUGUUCGUAUGCUUUACAAACACAAUAACUAAAUGCGCUGCAGAGACUGAUCCCCUGCAGUUAAAUGAGUGGGAGUCCUUGGGUGUCAGACUGUGGACAGGCGUGGCAGUGGGCUGGUCCAGGCGCACCGAGCGAUGAAAAACAUCGGGGUCCAUUGACUUGGUGUCAGCUGAGGCCCUGAAAUAGUCUGACAAAGGAACCCUGCUGUCGCGAACCAAUAGAGACACAUUUCUGGCGAUUAAUCACAUCUGCUUCCUCUGAGGACGGCUCCGGGCUGUGGGUGUGCCGCACCCGCACAGAAGACGCGGUCCUGAGGAUGCACUGAGGUAUCUCCACCCACCCAGUUUGUAACACACUAACUGCAAACCAAUAGAAGAUGAGCAAGUCCCCCACCCCCAAAGGCACCCCGGUGCAGCGCAGCCCCAGUGAUGGGGUCCCUGAGGGCCUCCAGUCUCCUCAGCAUUCCACACCCAGCUCGGGACCCCAGCAUAAGAAACGGAUCUCCAGUCUCCUUCAGAGUCCGUCAUUCAGGGAGGAGUUGGAUGUACUGAUCCAGGAACAGAUGAAGAAGGGUGGCAGCUCAUCCAACCUAUGGGCACUGAGACAGCUGGCUGAUUUCAUGGCCUCACACGGCUCCCCGGCCGCCCUGCCUGUCUCCCCUUCAAACAUGAUGAUGGUGACACCCAUCAAUGACCUGCAGGGCUGGGAGCCUGGCAGCAUGGUGAAGGGGGAGAGGCUGAUGCGCUGCAAGCUGGCUAGUGUCCAUCGCCUGUUUGACCUGUACGGAUGGGCCCAGAUUAGCCGCACCUGUCUCACUCUGCGUGUCAGUAAAGAACAGGAACACUUCUUGGUGCUUCCAGAAGGCCUGGCCUACAGUGAAGUGACUGGAUCCAGUCUGGUAAAGGUGAAUAUCCUGGGUGAGAUGGUGGAGAAGGGCAGCACCAACCUGGGCGUAGACACAGACAGGUUCAGCUUGCACUCGGCGAUCUACUCCGCUCGGCCAGAUGUCCGCUGUUUGCUUCACCUCCAAACACCUGCCUCAGCUGCGGUUUCAGCUAUGAAGUGCGGCCUCCUGCCUCUGUCCCAUGAGGCUCUGCUGGUGGGUGAUGUGGCUUAUUACGACUACAAUGGAGUCAUGGAGGAGGAGGAGGACAGAGUGGAGCUGCAGAAGAGCCUCGGUCCAACCUGUAAGGUUCUGGUGCUGAGAAAUCACGGCAUCGUGGCUCUGGGGGAGUCUGUGGAGGAGGCCUUCUACACCAUCUACCACAUCCAGGCUGCCUGCCAGAUCCAGGUGUCAGCUUUGUGCAGUGCUGGUGGUGAACAGAACCUGAUUUUGCUGGACCGGGCCAUCCAUAAACCUAACAUAGCCGGCACUGUGGGCUGGGCUGGCUCCACCUUUGGACCCCUGCACAAGAGUCGCAUCGGGGAGCAUGAGUUCGAAGCCCUCAUGAGAACCCUGGAUAACUUGGGCUACCGUACAGGCUAUGCCUACCGUUUCCCUGUGCUGCUGGAGCGAUCGCGGACGCGGAGGGAGGUGGAGGUGCCCGCGACUGCCACGGCUUUCCACCAGUUUGAUGACGACGGAGUCCACCCCGCUUUGAGGCAGCACCCUUUUGCUCAGCGCCAGCAGCAAGAGAGGACUCGAUGGCUCAACACCCCAAACACCUACCAAAAAGUCAGCCAAGAGCAAGCUAGCCCAGGACACCAGCGCACCACUUGGUUGAAGACAGAAGAGUUGACACAAGCUGGCAGCACAGCCAUCAAGAUAGAGAACCCAAACCAGUUUGUGCCUCUUUUCACCAACCCUCAAGAGGUGAUUGAGACACGAAACAAGAUCCGACAGCAGAAUCGUCAGGACAUGAAGACAGCAGGACCACAGUCUCAAGUCCUCGCCAGUGUCAUAACAGUUGACAGUCCUCCGUCUCCAGUCAGCCCACCUAAAGUCCCAGCAGAGCCAGAACCUCCCAACCCCUUCAACCAGCUGACAGAUCAGGAGCUGGAGGAGUACCGCAAGGAGGUGCAGAGGAAACAGGAUGGAGGGACCAAUGGGGAGGAGGUGGCAAAUGACAAGGAGUCUUCUCCCGCUACCUCUCCCACAAAGGGCCCUCCACCUAGCCACCCUCCUCUCUCAGAGGAGGCAAAGACCGACUCUCCAGCCAUACAGAACGGAGGCGAGGAGGAGAAGCAGACGACGGAGGAACUGGAGAAAGGGAUGAAGGCGCUCUCAACCAACGACACCUCCUCCACACCUGCUGCUCUGCCACCCAAACCCCAAGGCGGCACCCCAGAGGGCUCACCCUCCAAGUCUCCGUCCAAGAAGAAAAAGAAGUUCAAGCCACCAUCGUUCCUGAAAAAGAGCAAGAAGCAGAAGGAGAAAGCGGAGACCUGAGGCGUUCAGACACGCCAGACCUCGGUGAAAUACUACUGUGAAACAUUAGUGUACAACGGAGUAGCCGAUGAGUUAACCACAUCCGAUCAGUUCAAACACAGUCAGUUAAGAUGUCGUCCACAGACACAGUGUGAUAAAUUGACGUACAAAUACUUUACUGUAACACUGGUACUCACUGAUUUGACCCAAGUGGUGAUUCAUCUUCAGCAGGUUAAAAAACACUGAUAAUAACUUUCACAUACUAUUUGACCCAGGUCGGAUACAACCCAACAUUUUGACGCUUCUUGUAACACACACACACACACGCACACACACGCACACACACACACACGCACACACACACACACACACACACACACACACACACACACACACACACACACACACACAGUCCCUGUAUUACUCACGUCUUAUUUUCACCUGCUGUGCUAUCAAACCAUUAACUUAACUUCACUGUAUAGACAUUCAUACACGUUCCUUUCAAAACUGGGGUUACUCGUGUGAUCUUGUGCACUUGCCGCUCAGAAUUUGUUUCAUACCUUUUUCUUUUUUAUCCACAACUUUGCAAGACACGGUGGAAAUUGAAGUCUCCUUGAAUUAUGCACCCCUUCUCCAUGUAUAGGCACUUGUCAUAUGUAUAUUGACAUUCUAGUACGUUACAUUUGUUCAUUAUCAUAGGCAUCUUCUAGUCAUGAUUUGGUUUUAAUUAUCAGAUAGAUGUUGCAGGUAUACCGCGUGAGCACAGGUACAGUACAUGUAGAAAUAUACUGAUAGCUACUGAUUGUGCUCCUCUGAAUGCAGGUUUAAUGUAAAACUAUCAGCCUAUUGACAUUGUUACAGCAGGGAAGAACAAGGAAAAAAGCAGAGAAGAAAGCAGGGGGGAGAAUAUGCUGGCUCGCAGUGAAACACGAGCUGCUAUUAAUGCCUCUAUAACCCAAAACAGGAUAAAGCAUAAAGAAUUUGUUGCUUGCCAAUGCAGUUUGAAACCCAGUAAUAGAAGAUAAUGAAGGUACUAAACAUUCCACUUUUCUCAUUUUCUUUUCAAUGUAUGUGUGCAAAAUACCUCCUACCAGUUGUAAUUAUUUUCUGUUUUAACCAGUAGCUGUUAUCAAAACGCUGAUGUGUGAUGUUUGCUCAUGGUUUUAAUUUAUUUUAUAUUAGAAUGUAUAAGUGAGUGUUGCAAGGUUACCAUGUAUCAGUCAUUAAAGAUGAAGUUUGAU